CCAAGAACAGGUCAUCCACUGGUUCGCGACCCUCGACGAAUCUGAUGUAGAUGAAUACCGCGUCCAAAUGAUCCCAAGACUCUAUCCGAAAAAAGUUAUUCAAGCCAUACACUCUCGUCAACCCGAUCAGGUUCUGGAUCACCCCCGGGCCUUUGCACAAGAGGCUAUACGUUGGCUUGCUCGUCUACCUCAGGGUAAACUCCCAGCGGCUCUUUUAAAUGCUCUCUUCCAUCAAGGCGAUACGAACUCCCCUCGUCCGUUGAAGUCCGACUACGAUCUUAUGGAGCUCAUUCUCGAUUGCGAUCAUGCUGGCGAAUUUCUUCUAGACGCUUGCAUUAUCAAUGAAGAUUUGCCACCGGAGACUCCCUACGAGAAGGAAAAGAGGCUAGACAGGGCUUUCCAUGAAGAAUACCGGGGCGGCGCAGUCAACGAUUUCUUUCAGGCCCUUGAGGAGUAUGAAUCCAUCUACAAGCGCGACAUUCACUACGGCAAAAUAAUCAGUAUCCUGCAGUCUAGUGGCACUGGGAAAUCACGCUUGGUUGAAGAAUUAGGCAGUCGCAUCCCAACUCUGAGUGUUUGCUUUCGAGGUAGCGAGGAGGUGACACAAGGCUGGCCCCCUCGCGAUCAUGGCGUCUACGAAUUCUUCGCAAAAAACCGCGCGCCCCAGUUCAGAGGUGAGGAGCUGGCUGCAGCCUUCUAUGGGGCACUGUUGGAGGUUGUGAAGGAUACGAUCGGCCAAUCGGCCUCACCCAAGGAGGCUAUGAUAGCAUGGCAGGUGCAAUUUCCGGCAGAACAGCGUCAAGAGCUUUUCAUCGAUGUCGUCCAGCGCGCAGAACAGAUGCUUGCAGACAACACAGCCGAGCUCGAACACAUUCGAACCAAAGGCUUUGAAUCGGAAACCCCGACAGAUGACGAGCUUCAAGGCAUCAUUACGCGGCAUCAUGAAGUCUUUCUCCUUCUCGUCAAGGCAAGGUUGAUGGAUCUAGCUCAGAAGCUCAAAACGCUGAGUUACGAUCGGUUUGUCUUCGCUUUCGAUGAGUGCACCCUCCUCAAUAUGGGCAAGGACACGAUGAAAACUCCUCGCCCUCCCGGUGCACACAUGUCAUUGAUCGCUUUGGAACGCAUCAUCAAGGUUAUCGACUAUUACGAAGAUACUCAUGGAGUGGUAUUCUGGCACCUUCUUCUCGAUACGAAUUCGUCUGUGCCACUCCUAGCAGGGACCGGAGAUAUUGCUUCGUCCUUUAGGCUGAGAGAUGCACUCAAACCUUUGCCUGUCUGGGUCUACCUUGGAUUGGACCAGUUCAAGAUGGACGUGCAAAUAAAAAAACCUGAAGACGCGCUGUCAUUGAAAAACCUCAAGCAGUUUGGCCGACCGCUUUGGGCCACAAGCGAAACGCACAUGGAUCUGGUACGAUUGGCUAUAAUAAAGCUUUUCCGUGGCCCUUCAUUCGACGCCACCGACCAAGACCACGUUCUUGCUGCCUUUGCCAAUCGAGUUUUGCUCGAAGUUGGCGAAAGCGCCGCUGCGAGUCGGGUAGCCGUGGUCGCCGUGGCUCGACACAUGCGAAUUCUGAUGGGCGUCGUCGGCGGUAUUGUUGUCACCAAAGCGCCUUCGGAACCGCUCCUUGCUAUUGCUGCCACACAGGUGUUGAAUCAAGCAAGUGACACCUACAACAUCGCGAUGAAGACCUUGCUCGAGAAGCUUAUCAUCAACGGAGUCGUGCUUGAUCGAGGUCUUCAGGGAGAGUUAUGUGGUCGACUUCUCAUGAUACUCACACGCGACAAAGCGACCUUGCCCAGAGGGGGCGAAUUCGUGCCAAUGAUUGAGAGCCGACGGGCUCUCGCGAUCCCACCUGUCAGACUUGACCAAUUUUUAAUUACCUUGCUCGGGGACAAAUUUGGUCUGGGCAACGAAAAGGCCCAACGGCAGCAUCGCAACAACCUCAUAAGCUGGGCCAGCGAUGUUUGGCUCAACUUUACUCAUUUUAUUGAAGUCGACACCAACAUUAGCAAGCUCAAGCCUGACUUCCUACGUGAUCUUUGGACCCGCACUUGCGCGGUGCAGUGCAAGUUUAGCCAGCCAGUGAUGGACGGGUUUUUAGUGGGCUAUAAGGGAGAUAUUAAGCGGCGCCUCAAUUUAUCCAACUUCAUCAUGAUUCCUUACCAGAUCCAAGUUCAAUCGACAGCAGCCGAGAAAUCAGCCGCUAAUGGCCUGACCUGCCCUUUUAUCGUUCGUGAGGACGGUGCGCACUUCAAACCCAAGCACGUCGCUCUCUUCCUCGAUUUGGCCACCACAAGCGCAUUUCAUCUUGCCACUGGUCCUCGUUGCGAAUUGACGUUCAGGAAAGCUGAUAUCGACGGUUGUAAGUGGGAUGGUUAUGCAGAGGAUAACGCAAAGGAGGUGGAACGGUGGUGCCUGAAUGUGCGUGGGCACAGCAAGGCCCAGUAUCCCGUCAUCGGCGACUUGGAAGAUAUAUUCAAGAUGAUGUUCCAGCGCGUCCUUGCCUGCUCACAGCCUGAAUUCCAGAAAUAUGCGGACGCACUACAAGCAGCUAAUAGGGCCAUCGAGGUGUAUUGAGUAGUGACCCAGCCAUCCUUCUUUUUGAUCCAAUGCACUUCGUUUGAUUCUCGUGUACGUAUAGAUUUGAAAGGAGUAUCAUCUUCGAGUCGAAAUUGGAGGUUGUAAUAAAAUUAAAGUGGACAU